CCAGCAGGCAACGAGUCAUUGAAGAAAUUCAGAUUCUUCAAUGGCUACCUUGCACACCAAGCUUCUCUGCCUUCUUCCUCUUCUCUUCAUCAUCAAUGGCAUUAAUGCACAAUUAGUCCAUUUCCCCCAAUUUCCUGUUCCUUUUGGCAACCCUUUCCACGUACCAGACGGGCUCUUGGGCCAUCACAACUGGCUCCGGGGCCAUCGCCUUGGCGCCUUUUGGGGUGAUCCUGAAGCUGUUGCCGCUGGGGGUGAUCCUGACGCCGCGGCUGAAGUCGGCUUAAGAAAUCUUGCUAAGCCUGGGAAAGCUCGCGACAUGAUUCCAAAGGCCGACAAAGAUGCCGGCAAUAAGCCUAAUCCCGGGCAACCAAAGCCCGACGAAGGUGCCGGCAAUAAGCCUAAUCCCGCGCAACCGAAUCCCGACGAAGGUGCCGGCAAUAAGCCUAAUCCCGGGCAACCGAAUCCCAACGAAGGUGCCGGCAAUAAGCCUAAUCCCGGGCAACCGAAUCCCGACGAAGGUGCCGGCAAUAAGCCUAAUCCCGGGCAACCGAAUCCCAACGAAGGUGCCGGCAAUAAGCCUAAUCCCGGGCAACCGAAUCCCGACGAAGGUGCCGGCAAUAAGCCUAAUCCCGUCAAAGCAGUGGUGGAUGCACCUGCACAGCCUGACUUCCCAACCCAAUACGUGGGGGCAUGGGAAGUUGUUAAAUUGGACGCAGGUGUGUCAGCCAUGCACUUGAAUUUGCUCCCAAACAACAAGCUCAUGAUGUACGAUGCCUCAGCCUUUCAUAUUUCCAACAUCAAAUUGCCCAGAGGAGAAUGCCUUCCCUUCAAGGAUGAUAAGGGCGUCCAGCAAACAGAUUGUUGGUCUCAUGGGGUUGAAUAUGAUGUUGAAACCAAUGCUGUUAGGCCACUCAAGAUCACUACAGACCCAUGGUGCUCAUCAGGAGGGCUUACAGCUGAUGGCAGUUUUAUCAGCACUGGUGGCUGGAUGGAUGGAACAAGAAGUGUUAGAUACUUCGAUUUAUGUCCAAAUUGUGACUAUAGGGAUCUCCCAAACGCGUUGGCAGAACCAAGAUGGUAUGCAACUCAGGUGACCCUACCUGAUGGAAGAUUCUUCCUGGCGGGUGGUCGCAAGUCAUAUAGCUUUGAGUACGUGCCGCCGGAAGGACAAGUCAACAAACAAGCCAUUUUCUUCCCACUCCUCGACGAGACCACCGACUUAGACGAAAACAACCUCUACCCUUUCGUCCACCUGUCCACCGACGGCAACCUCUUCAUCCUCGCCAACAGCCGCUCCGUCCUGCUCAGCACCAAGACCAACACAGUCAUCAAGGAGUUUCCAGUGUUGAAGGGUGGUUCACGAAACUACCCGGCAUCAGGGAUGUCGGCGCUACUGCCGAUAGACCUCAGCGUCCCCAACAACGCUCCACUCAUCCCGGCUGAGGUCAUUGUCUGCGGUGGCGCAAAGCCCGAGGCUUAUGGUCUUGCAGGCAAAGGAAACUUCCUUCCGGCCUUGCAAGACUGCGGCAGGCUUAGGAUCACAGACCCCAAUCCACAGUGGGCCACCGAAGUCAUGCCCUCUCUCCGUGUCAUGGGAGAUAUGCUCAACCUCCCCACCGGAGACCUCUUGAUUAUUAACGGCGCCCAACAAGGCGCAUCAGCAUGGUUCCUGGCGGAGCAACCCAAUUUCACUCCCGUGGUUUACAGUCCCAACAACAACGCGGGCACCCGGUUCAGGAACCUAGCCCCGACCCAAAUAGCCAGAAUGUACCACUCAACGGCGGCCUUGCUCCCCAAUGGCAAAAUCCUGGUAGCAGGCAGCAACACCAACCCAGGCUACGACUACAAGGCCAAGUACCCAACCGAACUCAGAGUGGAGCACUUCUCGCCGCCUUACCUGGACCCGGCAUUGGCAGCCCACAGGCCCGCCGUCAUCGCUCAGACCUCCGACGCCAAGUUGAAGUACGGGCAGCCGUUCACGCUCCAGUUCCAGCUCCAAGACAACCCCGUUGGCAAGGCGGACAUCAAGGUCACCAUGUACUCGCCACCGUUCACGACGCACGGAUACUCGAUGAACCAGAGGUUGCUUGUUUUGGGUAAAAAUGAGCUCACAGAAGCUGGCCCCGGGGUUUACAAGCUUCAGGUGGUGGCCCCGGCGACAAACGUGUUGGCUCCGCCAGGGUACUACCUGGUUUUUGUGGUCCAUCGGGGUGUGCCUAGCGUGGGUCACUGGGUGCAGAUUCUUAAUUAAAUUAGGGCUGUACGUAGCCCCAAGUCCAUCAUCAACAAUCAAGCAAUCAAUGAAUUAAUUAAUCAUCCUUGAUCAUACCAUCUUGCUUCUUGGGUUUUAUGUACGUAUAUACACCAAGCAAACCUUUCAGUUAUAUACAUUCAUUGUUCUUUACGUAUCAUAUUGAUUUAUGCAACAUUCUUUGAUUUUUUAAAGUAAAAUCAUCCAACGAAAUGUCAAUAAGUCUUUUAAAUACGUUU